UCCCUCCUCUCCUGGGAACCCAGAAACGGAACCGGUGCUCGAAAACAAGAUGGUGGCGUAUCUAACGUGAGGAGUACGCAGUUCAGUGAUUUACCAUUUGUCACACUGCCAGCAGAGCCUGACAGGGCAGCCAUGGCUAGUUUACUAGGAGACCGCAUGUGCAUGGAAAGCCUUAGAAAGGACAUCACUGACCUGCAAGGCACACUAAUAGAUGUGUUUUUCCGAGUUGGUGCUGUGCGAUAUCCCUCCUGGAAGUUUCCAGAUAAAGUUUCAUGUGAUUUAGAUUUGGUGCAUCUACUGGAGAAAUAUGACCAUGUGGAAGAAGAUCCUGAGUUCACACAACUUUCACAUGUGGUUCUGCUGGAGCUGGUGAUUGACAGACUGUUGCUGCUUCUGCAAAGUUUUACGGGAUACACAGAGUUAAUAAGCAGUGAGGGAGCCAUUCCCCAAAAUCGACCUCUGGGGCCAUCUAUGUCCAUAGGCCUGGCAGUUCGGAAGUAUUGGAAUCACAUGCUAAAACUUGGGUCUGCGUUCCAACAGAUGAAAUCAUCUGUUCAUCCCAAAAUGAUUGGGAAAGGAAAUGAGUCAUCAUGUAGUUCUUCAUCAAGACUCACUUUUGCUUCCUCACUAUCUCAGAGCAGUAGGCUUACCCCUUCAGUAAGUGUAGCCCAACUCUGUGUUGCUCAGGACACUCGGACAGUAGGUUCCCAGACCCUAGAAUCUGCAUUGGUACCAUGUGAUGCCUGUGCCACAGCUCAGAGUAGUUUAAGAGAGGUUAGUAAUGCAAUCAUCAGUGUGUGCAACAACCAGAACUUACCCUGCUCUCUGACCAAGAUUAAAGAGAUGCUUCCUUCUGGGGUUAUCCUGUCACCCUCUGAGAUGAGAUACUGGGCAAGCGAAGAGAGCAAAGACCUGGCUAGGAUUAGUAAACAUCUAACUGAGCUUACUCAGGUUAUUAGCCCACUGAGGAACCAGUUAGAAGAGGCCAGACUGGAAAAUGAGAGGCUUCAAAAAAACAUAGAGAACUGUAAGAAACAGUUAAUAUCUGCAAAGGAGGAGCACCAGAGAAAGACUAAAGAAGGGGAAAGACUGGUACAGGAAAAGAGACGUCAGAGUGAGGAGAUGAUGAAUAAACUGGAGAAGGACAAAGAAGAGCUGCAAAAAGGCACAGCAGUCCUGGAGGAGAGAGUUUUAAUCCUGAAGAAGGAGCUAGCCUCUCAGCAGAGUACUAUCCGAGACCUUGAGUUGUCACAAAACCAGCUUUUGGAUGAGAUGAAAAGUAUGGUAGAUAAGGAUGAGAUGUUGGCACUUGAGCAGAAAAUGAGAGAUCUGAAUGACCAGCUGAAGAUCACAAACCAGAGGCUGCAGGAGUCUGAGAAGGCCAUGUCUAAGGAGAGAGCACGUGGCGAGAGCCUUCAGAGUCAUGAAGAGUCGUUGCAGAUAAAACAAAGAUCCCUUCUUCAACAACUGGAUAGACUGUCCCAGGAAUGUGAAGGGUUACGAGAUCGUCUGGAGGACACAGAAGAAGAGCGAACAAAACUGGAGGAAGAGAUAGAAGGACUCGAGACAGAGAAGCACAGUCUGAGGAACCGGUUAGAAGAGCAUCAGGGUUUGGUAAUACGCUUACAGAAGGAGAAGCAGAGCCUGGAGGAGUCAGUGGCUGAGAUGGACAAGACAUUGAGAGAACUGCAGGAAUCCAUCCAGGAACUAUGUGAUCGCGAGAAACUACUUGUGUCUUAUCCAGAGUUACAUUCAGUUCCAGUGUUUGAGAGUUCUGGAGAUAUUACAGAGGAUAUGGAAAAACAACUUCAAGCCAAUAGCAUCCGUAUCAGUAUUCUAGAAGAAGAGAACUCCAAACUGAGAGCCAGUCUGUCCAAACUGAGAGAAAGGAGCCAGCAGGGACCUGUGAAGUCUUUUCAGAUUGUUCCCCAAACACAGCUCUGGUCAAUACCCUACUCUGCAAAAGCAGCUUCCCCUCAGCACAGCAGCCAGAAACCUUCCAUCCCACAAACAUUCUCUGUUCAGCCUAAAGACACACCACCGGGCUCUGCAGACAACCAUCGUGAUAGAAGAGUACCCUCAGCGAGCACACGCCAAAACCUGAACUUAGUGACGAUCCCACCAGAAAACUCUCCUAUAGUGGCUUAUGCACGACUCAAAGGGAGAAAUCGGACACCAAGCUCAGACCGCAAAUAACUGAAGAUAUAUAUAUUUAUAUGUAGGAUCUUCAUAUGCAUAGACACUAAAAUAGCUCCAUAGCUUCAGUAUAGCUGCCCUAUUGGGUAAUGAACUGAGCUGAAGAUAUCAUGGUGAUAUUAUGGCAUGCAGAGACUUUUUAACCAAGUGUUUAGAGGAGUAGGCUAGGGUUCACAUUACAGCACUUCUAGAGUAUUCUGAUCAUAAUGAAACUAGAAAACUGUAUAUGCAGAAGGAGUUAGAGGAAAUGUAUUUAAUAGGUACAGGGCACUGUCUACAGUUCUUUAUGCUCCCCCUUACAUUAUUAUAUAACUGAAAUGUUUUCAAAGAGCCUAUUCGAUAAUCCAAAUAAAAGACACUGAGCUUUCUUUAGUACAAGAUAAUAA